AUGGCUGCGGAGGUUGCAGACACCUCAGCAAUGGCAGAACACACUAAAUAUAGAAAGCUCAGAAGCCAAAACCACCUCCCCUCCUCCUCCACCACCACCGCCGCUGCCAAGAAAAAGAUCUUCACGGCAGAAACAUUCAGAGGACUUGGCUGCACUGCCUCCUCAAAGGUCUCAGUUCCUGCAGUGAUAAGAACCUCAGCUAAUUGGAAUGCUGACAAGGUGAAAAGGAUAAAGGUGAAGAACAAGAAAAUCAACAAUAAUAAUAACAACAAAUUGCACACUGAUAGUUAUCCUGCAGUUAUUGCUACGAAUAACAUGAAAAAUGACAAUAGCUCAACAUCAAAUCCAUCACAGCCGUUGGCUGUAUCAUCAAAUUGUGAGGGUGUACCUGAUGUAUUGUGUGGUCCUGGGAUUGGGCCCAACGGGGUUGCUGCGUCUGUGAAUUGUGUUGUUUCAAAAAGGCCUGCAGUUUCUUCCAGAAGCAAACCUGAUGAGGUUGAUAGAAUUAUUCAUAGUCAGAUGGAGCGUUCUUCAUAUAAUAUGAGGAGAAUGGUGACCUCUGAAGAUAUCCCUUUCCAUGAUCCUGGCAUUGCCUUGGAAAUGACACGCUCUAGGGCAAGCAUUUCCGGAUCUAGAUAUCAUCGCCAUCUCAGACAUGGUUUCCAUGAUGAAUUUGCAGAGAUUGUAAUGCUCCAAAGUAGUCUGCUGAUGGGAGGAGAAUCUGAACAACUCGAUAAAUACAGGGAUUGGAGACUUGAUGUCGAUAACAUGUCGUAUGAGGAAUUACUGCAACUCGGUGACAGAAUUGGGCACGUGAGCACUGGACUGAAGGAGGAUGAGAUAUCCUGCUGUUUGAGGAGGAAUAAGGUUCCAAUGUUGGAUAAUUUGUCAUCAAAAUUCACAGAAACAGAAAGGAAAUGCAGUAUAUGUCAGGAGGAAUAUGAGACUGAUGGUGAAACCGGGAAGCUGAAUUGUGGACACUUCUAUCACAUUCACUGCAUAAAGCAGUGGCUUGUGCAGAAAAAUAUUUGCCCUAUAUGCAAAAAACCAGCUAAGCCUCAAACCUAA